AAUGCCUAUAAACACGUGUACUGCAGAAACUUGUGACAGAUUUUGAUGGGAUUCUCCGUUAAAUCUAACUAGGCGGCUUCAACACAGUGCUAUGAUAUUUUAGGUACACUGUAAGGAAAGUCUGAAGAUCGAAACAAGUGGAAGAUCGAAUCUGUUCCUCUUCUCCAAGUCAAGAAAACCAAAUAAAGAAUGUCAAUUGCAAAAAAAGGACUGCAAAACUACUUGUUACAGCUUCAACAACACCCCUUACGAACAAAGGCAAUAACGGCAGGAGUAUUGUCAGCGAUAAGUGAUAUAGUGGCUCAGAAGAUAACUGGCAUUCAGAAACUUCAAGUCAGACGCCUUCUUCUCAAAGUGCUUUUUGGCGUUGCCUAUCUUGGACCAUUUGGGCAUUUUCUUCACUUAUUACUGGACAAACUCUUCAAGGGGAAGAGAGACAAGAGUACAGUUGCCAAAAAGGUGUUGCUGGAACAAGUUACUUCGUCUCCCUGGAAUAACUUGCUUUUCAUGGUUUACUAUGGAUUAGUGGUUGAAAGUAGACCCUGGAUACAGGUGAAAUCUAAUAUCAAGAGGGAAUAUCCGAAAGUGCAGUAUACAGCUUGGGCGUUUUGGCCAGUCGUUGGGUGGGUAAAUCACUUGUACGUUCCACUGCAAUUCAGAGUCAUCUUUCACAGCAUUAUUGCAUGUUGCUGGGGAAUAUUUUUGAAUCUACGUGCAAGGUCGAUGGUUUUGAAGAAGGCUUGAAAUCCUCAAGUUUACAUGAACAUGGCAACAUCUCCUUGUGUAGUUCGAAAACAUUUAAUAUGGUAGUUUGGGGUGCUUAUUUUGUUUCGAUUUUCACUUUUUCUCUAAUCCUUAAAACCGAGACAUCUUUAUUAAGCAAAAAUGGUUGCAUAGAGCAAGUGCAUAUGCAGAACGCUCCACACAUGGCAAUGUGAAAAGUUGUCAGUUGAAAAAUGUAACGGCACUUCAAAUGUGACUCAAAAAUGCUAAAAUUGUGGCAAGCGAUUACAGUAUAUUAUAUUGCACAAUCCAACAUUAUUUAUGUA